UUGCACCCACCUCUUAUCCUCUCUCUUCGUUCCUCAUAUCGAGUCAAGACGCUCUUUUUUUUGAUCCCCGCGAUCUACACCUUCUUUUCUGUUAUAUCUCUUGUUCGACCAGGCCAGUCCCGGAUCUUGUUCACUUGUCCUUGUACCACACCGUGUACCAGUAUUGCUGAACAAACAUCCAGUCCUUCCUUCCAAAGCCUGUGCCAACAUUGUAUAACAUCUCCAUCGCUGAGCAUUCUUACUACAACCUCGGAACCAUCACACUCUCUCUCACGGUUACCAGCAGCCUACUUGCAUAUACACAUGUCCAGCUCGUAGCCAGGAGAAGCAGAAGCAUACCAGUGGACCCGACCUGAUCUUUUCUUGUAUCAACCUAUCUACCUGUACCACAACUUGCAAAGAAAGUCGAUAUUUCUUCGACCUCUCAGACUCUCAGACCAUUGCAAUGGAGACUCCAUACCCAAUGGCCGCGCAGCAAAUUCAAUUCUACCAGUAUCGACCAGACUCGGAUGCACGACAUAAUGCCGUGUUCACGCCGAUGCCGAGUGAGCAGCCUGUGUACAGCCCCAUGGCACACUAUCCUCAGCAUUUCAUGCCACCCCAGUACUGGCCGGCACCUCAGUUUGCACGAGGACACUUCCUCCCACAGCACAUGAUGACGCCCAAGGCCUCACCACCAUUGACCCUUUCGAUGCCAAUGCCCAAAAUCGUGUAUGACCACAACGGACAGAUGGAACAUGGACACUACCUGGAGAGCAGGCACUCUUCACCUCCGACCCCAUGUCUGUCAGCUUGUCCCAGUACGGCCAGCAGCCCACCAGCAAGCAGCAUCACACAGACCCCAAUUCACCACAUGCACUCAUCAGGGUAUUUCAAUCUCCCUAUUGAUCAAUCCAAAGAGGAAAUGCAGGCAUUGCCUCUGUUGGACGACUGGCAAGGAGACAAUGGACAAAUUCACAUUUUCCCCAGCCGAGAUGCCAAGAUUCUUCCUAGUUCGGCUCCUGCCACAGUUGCCGUCGUACCUGCCCCAACCAGGAGCCUCAGCAACUGCACUUCUCCGUCUUUGAGUCCCGCGACGCCAACACCAUCACCUCAAUCUCAAUCUCAAUCCCACAUCUCUCCGUCCGUGUACCCCGUCGCAGAGUUUGUCAACCUGAGAGAGCUCACGUCCACGUCCUUUGAGCCUGCCGUCGUCGUCCCCGCACAUGCCCACGGCUUCCCGCCCCUGCCAACCCUCACUGUCGAAGACGAGGAACCCAAGUACGCCCUGCCUCCUUUCACACCCGAGCAUGACAUUCACGAUCCCUUCACGCUGGCCGACAACCCCUCCUUUGACACUUCAUUCUCGACCGAGUUUGAUUCCGAGGACGACUUUGGGUUUGUCAACUUCACCAACGCCGAGAUUGCAUACAACGGUGACAAGAGACAAAAGCUAUCCUUGAGCGAAGAAGAAGACUUUCUCUCUGUCCACAGCUUCGGAUCAUUUGACGAGGAAGAUCUUGCUGCCAACUGCGGACUGCCUUCCCCUCCCGUGUCUUCCUUCUCCGAAUCGGCCUCUUGCUGCUCCAGCAAACAGACCUCGCGCAAGAUGAAACGCUCCGAUUCUCUCCACAGUGAUUUUGAAUUCCAACAUCUGGCCGACGCUGAUGCUCAUCACCACUCCCACGCCGAAGGUCAUCAUGGCACGCCCAAUGGCACCCAGGACCAUCAAGAUUCUCCAGAGGACAAUGCCGUCUCCGCUCAAACAGACGGCAACUCGUCUGCUGCCCACACUCCUGCCACACGCCGCGGCCGCAAACAAUCCUUGACUGAGGACCCUUCAAAGACAUUCGUCUGCACUCUUUGCUCUCGACGCUUCCGUCGUCAGGAACACUUGAAGCGACACUACCGAUCUCUCCACACUCAAGACAAGCCAUUCGAAUGCAAUGAGUGUGGCAAAAAGUUCUCUCGAUCUGACAAUCUCGCUCAGCAUGCUCGCACCCACGGUGCCGGUGCUAUUGUCAUGGGCGUCCUUGAGACCGGUGAGCUUCAGCCUCAUCAAUUCGACGAAGAUGUGGGCCAUGUUCUGUAUGAGGCUGCACAACGUGCUGCCCUGGCCUCUUCCUCCAGCAGUGGUUCUGAAUCAUCUUCUUCAGAGAGCAAGCGUGCCCUCAAGAAACGCAAGCGAGACGAAUCCCUGUAAAUAUCCACUAGUCCCUGCGACUCACGAGACACAAGAUCACGAACUCCAAAAAUAUUUACAGAGAAGAAGCUUGUUAUCACAGACGACGAAAUGAUCCUUACGAAUGAACAAAGACCCUUUGACCAGACCCUAACAAGACUUUUAUUAACCGGGGGGUCCUCUCUGCUGCAACAGCCGUGGCAAAUUUUUCACCAACCAGAUGACAGUUGAUAUUGCAACAGCGCCCUGGCACUCAAAAUGGCUACAUGCUUGGAUGAUGGCACCAAGGUGUUGUGCAUCGCUUGCCGAGCUGGACUGGCGGUCCGGGCUUAAACCUAACGACCGACGUGUAUUCUAUUGCCUUUUUGGGCUACAAUGGUAAUCAUGGAGAUGGGCAUGAGACUGGCUGUACACUCUUGGAUGGACGCUGUUGCUGCAAUUGCUGCUCGAUGGCUGGUGUGGUGCGGAGGAUGGGUGGAAUGAUUUUUCUUCAACUUCUUCCAGAUUGUCUUUUCUUUCUAAACAUUUUUUCCCAUUGAUUUCUGAGAGGGUCAUUUCAACUGUUGUGGAUGAGUGCGCGAGGUAGACGCGAGUGCGAGAGAACAAGCAUAACACACGGGGCACGAAAUUAUCAGAGCGUCAUGUGCCACACUGAGGGCCCGUGUCUGUACCAACCACCCACGCACACUUGCUGUGCCAUGUACUGUACUACUAGAAGACUGCACUAUUAUCAAAAUGCAUCGAGUUUGAAUUAUCA